AUGCCGAAUCUGGAAACUAUGCUUGGCAUACGCGGAGAUGGAAGGUGUUUGUUUCGAUCUGUGGUUCAUGGAGCUUGUCUAAGAGCAGGGAAGCCAUCCCCAAGUGACAGCUAUCAGAAAGAACUUGCAGAUGACCUUAGAGCCAAGGUAGCAGAUGAAUUCAUUAAGAGGAGGGCUGACACUGAAUGGUUUCUUGAAGAUGAUUUUGAGUCAUACAUUGUACAGAUGCGAAAGCCUCACAUCUGGGGAGGCGAGCCUGAGUUGCUUAUGUCCUCCCAUGUCCUACAGAUACCGAUUACAGUUUAUAUGCGCGACAAGAAUUCGAGAAGUCUCAGAAUCAUAGCUGAGUAUGGUCAAGAGUAUGGUAAUGAUAACCCUAUCCGUGUACUUUAUCAUGGCUAUGGACACUAUGAUGCAUUGCGCGGUCCAACUCCAACUACCGGUGCAAUGUCGAAGCAGCUGUCCAAACAAAGAAGCAGAACAGAGAUGCAGUAGUAGAGCUGUAGUCAUAGUGAGAAU